GAGCCGUACCACAAACGAGUUCCCCGCAAGCGGGGCGCCUCUCUUCGUCUCAGGAAUCGGUUCCGCUGACGGCACCAACUCGCGCUUCAUCUGACGACUCUUUGGUCCAUCGGGAUGGCGCAGCGGAGAUGAGUGGCUGGCCAGCAGAGUGGGAUGACUCGGGGUUAGGGCAGCCACGGCGAGAGGCUGAUCCGAUCACACCAACACACGCAGUUGAUCCCUUGACAACCGUCGCCGGGUCCGAGACCUCUGCAUACCGUGCAUCGCCAUACAGAAAUCCAUACAGAAAUUGGAAUGCGUAUGCGGAUGCGCCAGCACCUGAGACGCCUCCGUCAUUUCAACGCCUGCACGGCGAGCCCCGGGCUGUUACGGAAGGUUCCUUUGCGACGAAUGUGGCCGCUCCACCGAUUACGGGAACCACCGAGCCACCGGCACCGCCGUUGCGACCGAG